CAGACACGAGAGUCUGGGUAUAGACACAAACUGUUAUCUCAAUGAAAGACAUCAAUCAACAUGAAAGAAAAGGGGUGACAAAAUCUUGGACAGGUCAACAUUGCCCAGUCUUGAGUGAGUGCGCAGUAUGUGGACCCCCGGGGGCUGGCUGAGCGGGAGAAUAAAAGCUGGUGAACUUUGGUCAUCAACCAAGUUUGCAGGUUGUACUUCAACAAGCAAGACAAAAAUGUCGGCCCAGAUCCUAGAUUUCCAUCAUUCCACGGGCCCUGCGCCAGCGUAUGCGAUCGAGUCGGAUUCAGAGGAGGACGAAUGGGCGGACGAGCCGAGGCAGGAUGCGGAGGAGGGGCGGAGUGGGACGAAACCGAACGGGGAGGGAGUCGAGAGACCCCUGGAAUGGCAGCCCACGGUUCCGGAACGCCUGGAGUUCCCUGGCGAGUCAGGGCUGCUGGUGCUCGUUGGAGAUGCCGGUCUGCUCGUCGGGAGCGGCUUGCCCGAGCAUCUCCGAUCGCCAUCCCAGUCCACCAUCCAACUCGACCAAUCCCUCCUGCUCUUCCAACCCGCAAGAUUCGCCCUCACGCCCCGCCAUGUGCCUCUCCAUCUCCAAUCCGCUCUGGCUCACAAACUGCUCGCCGAUAUCCGGCCCCCAAGCCUCACUAUCAUCUCUACUUAUCAGGCCCCGACUUAUAUUCCCGCCGCUGAACACUUCCCCAUUCGUUAUCUCGCUUCGUCUGUCUCCGAUCCUUCGUCCACUCUGCCCCACUCCCUCGAGACGAUGGGUUGCCAGCAUUUCCAAGUCCCUAAUCUUAUCAAAGGCUUUGAGGCAGCCCUCAUGAUUCAAGCCAAUAUCCUCCAGAUUGACAGCAAGAUGAUCCUCUUACCAGCGAUUUCGAUCCCGCAUGAUGACAAGUCAUCGACGUCGAUUCCUGUCGGCCAGUACGAUUUCUCGAGCGCAUCGACGGGCAUAGAUGGGCCGGAGAGUGCUGGCCUCCCAGCCAGUCUGCUCGGACUAGACGACCCCGCUGUUCGCCGGACACUCGGCGCGGUCAUCGACGAUGUCCAUCUUAAACACCUUCGCCCGACUCAUGGAAUGGAUCAACAUGUCACUCAAGCCCACUGGCGCUUUCCUCUGGCCUUGGAACCCGCCCUUAAGGACGCGUUCAGAAAGCAGCUCAACCUCGAUCAGCAGCUUAAACCGAAACCUCAUCCCUCCGCUAUGCGCGAUCACGAAAUCGGGUUGAUGUAUAUGUAGUCCCUACCUUUCCCCUCCUCAUGCCUUGUCUAUUUUAAUAUUAUCGGUUAUAUGGUUUAUACCCAGUUUGAUAUGCAAAACGAAUCGAAUCCACAAACAAUCAGCUUUUGAUUAUCGAAAAUCCACAAAUGAUCACGCUUUGAUAAUCAAAUUUGAUACCAGUUAGCUAAGUAUAACGCCCUCAAAAGUCAUAAAAUGAUCCAGUGUCCUGUAUGGACCAAAAUGAGACUCAAGGAACAUCAAGAUCAUGAAAAAAGAGAC